AUGGAGUCAAGUAUAGCUAGAGUGAAAUAUGAUUUAGAUGCAGCCACAACAUUCCUUGAUCAAUACUUACAUCUUGCUAAUUGUCAUAUGGUUGAAUUCUUCACCGAGAGCCAUUGGGACAAAUUAUUGCCAAAAAAACUGAGGAACUAUCUAGAUGUAUGUGAAUUAUCUGAAGCCGUUGAUAAUUUUUGGAAGUACGCUGAUGGAAAUUAUUGUGAUGGAAGAAAUGCCCGUAUGUUAGCUGCGCAAUCAAUACACAGAGUUGUUUACAAUAAACAAAUUCCGGACAAGGGGCUCUUGUACAGAGCUUUAAUACAGGUUAUUAUAAAACAACGUUUUCCCGACUUACCUGUGUCAGAAGGUAAGCUGAAAGGUAUAUCUUCUAAAUGUCAAAACUUCGACGACUACGUCAAGAUGGCGGACGCGAUACUCAAAAUCGGCGUGGACCAAAACUCUGAGACUUACUAUGAAAUACAAAAAGACAUAGAUAUUAAAUGGAAGAAAAUAGUUAUGUUUUAUUUAUUAAGGCUAUGUCUGGCGCAGGUUAUAGAGAAUGUGAUUUUAUUGGACAGAUUGUUGUUUUUAUUGGAAAAUGGUUUCCAAAAAUGUUAUCUCGUCAAAUUGUUCGAUCCUGUAACUUCGCCGAGGUGUCACGAACUCCUUGCACAAAGCCAAACAGCCAAUGUGAAAGCUCCUCGGAGGCGUAAGGGCGGGUAUAAGGCGGGAAAGUCCACAGCGCGCGGCACUCUACAGCUGACGCGCCGCGCCGCCAUGACGUUCGCUGCACUACUCGCGCUCGCUCUUGCCGAUACUUACGAAAUUGGAAAGUCGUUGGCUGAUAGAGAUAAGAAAAACUCAGUUAUGCUUAUUUAA